AUGGAUCCCUUCUGCGUGGUCGUGCGCUGCGAGGCGGCGCCGGCCAAGGGGCGCGAGCAGGAGCUCGUCUUCGAGGCGCCGCAGACGGUCGCGGCGGUCGCCGAGCGGGCGCUCGCGCGGCUCGGCGGCGGCGCGCCGCCGCCGCUGAGCUGCCUGGCCGCCUUCCGCCGCGCCGGCGCGGACACGCAGGGCACGCACGUCGCCUUCGACGCGACGAUCGACGCCGACUGCUGCGUCGUGCUGCGGCCGCUCGUCGCCGGGGGCGGCGACGCGACGCUGGUCGUCAUGAUCGCGGACGCGUCCGGCGCCGUCUUCGCGGUCAAGGACCAGGCCCUGCCCGGCGUCGGCGACGACGAGGAGCUCAUGCAGAGCGUGGCCCUCUUCGUCGUCGAGGAGACCUUCAAGGACCACGCCGCGGACCACGGCUGGGCGUCGCGGAGCCUCCUGAACCGCGUGUCGACCGAAGAGUACUCGCUCGCGGUGCGCGUCGUCACGGCGGACAACGUCGCCCCCGGCGCGCCGCCGUCGGAGACGAAGCUCAGCAUCGACGUCGGGUCCUACGCGCCGCGGGCCUUCGCGGAGGUGGGGCUCGACACGACGCUCGAGCAGGUUUGCCGCGCGGCGUUCGGAAGCGCGGGAACCGGCGACCGCGUCGUCGUCCGCGUGGACAUCGACGGCCUCGUGGCCCCCGACUGGACGUCCGUGGACGUGUCCCUGGUCUGCGGCCCCCACGCGCGGCACCGGCCGCCGCGCGCGGAGGACGUCGUCGAGGCGCGGUUCAACGUCACCGACGCGGAGCUCCGCGGUACGUCCGCCGCGGCGCUGUUGGACCGCCUGCUGCGGUCGCGCUACGCCGAGGCGUCGGCGCUGAGCCAGGCCCACUUCCGCGAGAGCAGCUGCCCCGCGCGCCUCGACGCGCACUUCGCGCGGGAGCGCGACGCGCCCAAGGCCAUCGAGGCGCUCCUCCGGCACCCGGAGACGUCGUUACGAUGCGCGCUGAGCGGCGGCGCGUGCACGGAGCGCGCCCUGUCCGCCGCGCUGCCCACGCGCCCCCCCGCGGCGCUCAACGAGGCCUUCGAGCUCGCGCGGCUGCCGCCGGGCGGGCCCAUCGCGCGGAAACGGGGGUCGGCGCUCAAGGUCGUGCUGUCUUUACCCGACCCGGACCUCGACCGCGUCCAGGAGGACAUGAGCGCUCUAUUAAGACGCUGCGUGCCGUCGGCGAACCACGCCUACCCCAAGGAGGUCGUCGUGCUGCUCGGCGACCGCUACGGCGCGGUGACCUACGAGGCCUUCGCGCUCGCCGGCCGCGCCUUCUCCGCGCCCUGCAGAAACCUCGCGCUCGAAGCGCUCGAGGCCUUCCACACCAACGCGUCCCUGCCGGCCGUGAAGCAACAAGUUGCGAAGGCGUUGCUGCGCCACGUCGAGUGCCACCUCGCCGUGCCGCCGCGGCACCGGCAGAUCCACGACAUCCUCGACGCGUUCGCCGCGACGGGCGCGUACGACGGCGAGGCGGCGCCCUACGCGCCGUCGGAGUCGCUGAGCGAGGGCGUCUUACGGAACGCCAUGUACGGCGGCGACGGCCGCGACGCGACGGGCCGGUCCUACCUCAUCCUCGUCGCGCGGACGCCGUCGCUGCGGCUCGUCCGCGCGGUGCACUUCACGCUGCGGCUCUUCGCCAAGGUGCCGGGCCGCGACGAGAUCUCCUGCGCCUUCCGGCGGCUCACGACGAUCCGCGGCGGCAGCAACGACGACGCGGAGACCGUGGAGGCGGCGAUCAAGCGCAUGGUCGGCGACGCGGCGCUCGACGGCCUGUCGGGCGACGACGCGUACGUGCCGCGGCCCUCGAGCGUCGCGGGCUGGCUCGCGCGGCCGUCGACGGCCGUGCGCGCCUCCGCGGUCUGGCCCUCGGGCCGCGAGACGCGGUGCGCGGUGCGCGACGUGGCGGCGCCGCUGGCGUCGUGCCUCGGCGCGCCCGCGGCCGCGACGUCGGAGCCGCUCGGCGUCACCGUCGACGUCGUCGUCGAGGGUUUGCUCGGCGACGCGUCGGGCGGCCCCCCGGUGCCGCACCAGGCCCUCGUCCUCGAGGCGACGCGCGCGCUCAUCGCCGGCGACGCCGUGUCGCGCGUCAAGGCGCUGAAGCGCCUCGAGCUCACGGGGAAAGUGAAAGACGACGCCGCGGCGACGUGCGAGCACGCGUGGCUCGUCUUCUCCAUGGCCGUCGGCGUCUUCGACGGCAUGCUCGACGAGGCGCAGCGCACCGAGCUCCGGGGCCACGCCUGGCCUUUACUGCUCGACAGCUCCGACGGCCUCUUCCUCGACGCGUGCAAGUCCGUGUCGUUCUUGAAGUUCAUCUCGCCGUACCACGACGGCGACCCGACGACGUGGCGCGUCGGCCUGCUCGUGCUCAUGAAGGUGCGCCAGCUCGUGCUCUGGGUCACGGAAAUGCCCUGCCCCCUCGCACCGACGGACGUCGCCGCGGCGGUGAACGCGAUCGUCAACACGGUGGACCGCGCGCACCGGACGAAGCAGCCCGCGCUCGCGCUGCUCCACCUCGCCUUCACCGUGCGCUUCCACGUCUACCAGGCGGAAGCGAAAGCGAAGCCCGACGCGCGCCUGACCAUCUUCGGCGCGGGCUUCGCGGCGAAGGAGCAGCGCGCGGACCGCGCGGCCGCGGAGAAGGCGCGCUGGUUCACGGACGCGGCGACGCGGCCCCUCGACAUGGGCGGCUACGACGACGACCAGCAGGAAAAGCUGCUGGACCUGUUCCACGGCAUUUUGAAGGCCAUGGACCAGGCGUCGCCGGCCGUGUCGAAGCUCAUGCGGUCGAAGCUGGGAGAUCUCGCGGCGACGGCGGACGGCGCGGACGACCUCGCGGCCGCGGCGCUGCGGACGCUCGACGACCCGGCCGUGCGCGCGGCGGACUGCUUCUCCGACGCGUUGUUCGUCGAGAUCGCGUCCAUCGUGCCGCCCAUCGUCGCGUCCAUGACCAGGGCGGCGACGGACGGCGAGAGCAGCAACCCGGAGACGGAGCUCCCGCCGAAGCGCGAGGCCGCGAAAAAGAAGAAGAAGCACCGCCGCAAGAAGGCGCCGAGCUCGCCGUCGCUCGAGUCGCUGCCGCCGCCGGAGGUGCGCACGGUCGCGCGCUGCGACGCGGCGCCGGACGACGGCGGCGACGACGACGACGACUACCUCGUCGACGAGGCGCUCGUCGAGGCGGCCGCGCGCGCCAUCGCGGCGGCCGACGACACCAUCGCCAAGUACGACAACGCCAUGGCCGCCUUCGACAUGCUCGCCGACGCCGAGGAGGAGGGGCAGAAGUGCGAGGCCGCCGCGUCGGCCCUCGACCGGCUGGCGGACUCGGCGCAGGCCGCGUGCGACGCGCUCAACGACGUCUCCGACGCGUCGAGCGACGCGCCCAAGGAGGCGCCCAAGGCCGACGCCGGGCCCGCGGCGAAGAAGAAGCGCCGGCGCAAGAAGGCGGCGGCCAAGGGGGAGACGGAGCCCGCCGCGGCGCCCGCCGCGGUGCCGGCGGCAGCCGCGGAGGCGGCGCCCGCGGCGGAGGCGGCGCCCGCGGCGGAGCCCGCGGCGGCGCCCGCGGACGACGCGGCGCCCGCGGACGACGCGGCGCCCGCGGAGGCCGACGCCGCGCUGCGACGCGUGGCAGCGCUGCCGCCUGCGCCCGCGGCGGCCGCGCCGUCGUCGCCGGCGCCGACGCCCGCCGAGGCCUUCGCGAAGCAGCAGAAGACGCAGAAGCGCCCCGCCGCGCCGAAGGCGCCCAAGGCGACGCCCGCGCCGGCGGCCCCCAAGGCGCCCGCGGCGCCCGCGCCCGAGGCCGCCGCGCCGACGCCCGCCGAGGCGUUCGGCCGCCCGAAACCCCAAAAACACAGACCCGCGCCGCCCGCGGCCGCGCCGCGACGGCCCGCCGCUCCCCCGGCGCCCGCGGCCGCGCCGUCGUCGCCCGCGCCCACGCCCGCGGAGGCGUUCGGCCGGCCCGCGAAGGCGAAGCCGCAGAAGCCGCGCAAGGACAAGAAGUCCGAGCCCGCCGCGGAGAAACGACCACCGCCGCCGAAGGCGGCGGAAUUCGACCGCGCGGGCUUCGAGAGCCGCGGCUUCGGCAUCUUUAACGGCUAG